AUGGACCUUAGUUCUCGAAAAGCAAGUGAACAGGAAUUGGAAAUUAGAAAAGUGGCCGAGACAUUGCGAAUAGAAUUUCAGUAUGAUGAGUCGUAUACAGAUGAUUUUGAUAAGUUGGUGCGAGCUGCAGUGCAGUCUGUGCGAAGAAACAGAAAACGAAACCUCAAAAGAGAACGAGAGAAUGAGCACACCAAGAAACAGAAACGAAAUAGCACUUCCUCGAACGAAGGGAGCGAUCGCUUCUUAUCGGAAAUUGUACAACACGAAGAUGAGGUGUAUGACGUCAAUUACAGUAGGACCAAGAAGUUUUCUUCUCAUGACCAUGCGGUGGAUAUGAUAGAACAUAUGACAAAACCUCGGCUCCCUCCAUUGUCUAAUUUUGCCAUGCCAGAGAUUAACCUGCCGCUGGCAGAGGUUGCCAAAAAGACAAUUUUGAACAGAAUUGAAAGGUCCAAAACAUGCAACGAAAGUUCCAACGAUUUGCGGUCAAGCAAUUUGCAAUUUCUAGGUAAAUCUGUCAUGAUGAGUUGCAUUGGAUACAUUUGUGAAAAGUCCUUCAUUCAUGUGAACCAACAGUCAUUGGAUUAUCUUAGAAACAAACUUUGCCAAGAUGCUAAUUUAGCCAAGUUUUUCCGAGAAUUGGAUCCACAAACAACAACCACAAUCAAUGACGAAGUUGCUGUUAUUUCGUUGUACACUUUGUUGGGCGGGUUGAUUAAAGAUUUCGGAUUCGAUGAGAUUAUCAAUCCGGUGAGUGAAGUUCUAUACGUUUCUGUUGUCAGAGAAUACCCUUUGAUUAGCCGGAAUUCAGUACCCUUCUCCUCACAACAAGAGGAUACAUUUUCAUUAAACAAGUUAGCUGAGGUUGCAUCAACAAUUCAAAACGAGAGUGUAAAUGUUCAUGACCAUACCCACCUGAGAUCACACUCACCUGCAUUUACCAGAGAAAGCUCAAUUGACAGGAGAGCACCUGCUGAGCCAAAAAAACGCAUAAUCUUGAAAUUCUUAAAUCAAUCGUUGGAAUUCCUUUACCCAUCAGGGUUAUCCGCAACUCCACGAUUCUGUGAGCUUUUGGAAAAUGCUAAAAGUGCAUUCAACAUUUCCAAUUCUAUACUAGAGUUUCGAUACGAAGGUAACGUGAUUCAAACUGACCAGGAGUUGGAGAAAGUUUUUCGAAAUGCCAACCCAGUGAUUGAGCUUGAAAUUUCUACUCAAACAACAAUUCCAAUUCAGCGCUUUGCUGCUUUGCAUAGUGCACAGCAGGCUCCAUACACAGGAAUAACAACAAGUGACAUCCAACCAAAGAUAAUUCUCCCACCGCCUUUGCAAACUGGGGAAAUGCAUCAAUUUAAGCCAGAAGAGUACCAUAGACCUCAGCCUAUGCUACCGAAAUUCCAGCCUCUAUUGUAA